CAGCCAGAAGAGCCGCCAGAAGAACGCGAUAAACCGCAAAAAUCAUCGUUUUCCUCAAAGCUGUUAGACAAAACAAAACGUAGAAUUAGAAUAGUUAUUAACGAGAACGGUGAUAGAAAGACCAAUUAUAAUAAUCUCAGUAAAGAGAAAUCUUCAGAUGAUAUAAAGAACAUAAACAUCGAUUAUAAUGCUGACUAUAGUCUAAGUAAUGGCCUUGCUUAUGGUGGUAGAAAUAAAAAUGAUAAAAAUUGGGAAAAUUGGGAGCGCAUACGUGAACAAAAAUUAGAAAAAAUGAAAAAUAUAUGCUUUGAGAGUUAUCGUCAAUCGAAGCGGGAUAGAAUGCAACAGGCUAAACCAAAACCCAAACAGCUUGACCCAACCUGGUACACAGACAAUAUAUAUUCAAAUCAUUCGGAAGAUUUGGAUGACUAUGUUCCGGAUUGCAUUAAAUAUGGUACAUAUAGAAAGCUUCGUAACAUACGCGAACAAGAUGAGUUCUAUGCAGAUAAUAAUUUGUUUGAAACGCCUGAUACCAGAGAACGUAGAGGUGAGGGUGAAGGUUCUCCAGGCUAUGGGUUACAACGUUCUACCAGUUGUAAAGAAUUUCAAUAUCCGAAAGUGCAGAGUUGUAGCUUUAGCGGUAAUGUUUAUGAAAGUGGUGGUACUGCAACGCUUGGUGCUGCCCCAACACCUACAUCUAUACUUAAGAAGCAUAGCAAUGUGCCCAAAUCUUAUUCAUUCAGUGCCACUUCCAAGACUGCACCUUUCGAUGUAAUGGAUUAUGAUUUACCUCGAGCUGCUAAUACACGUCGUGAAAAACAGGAAGCUUUUCGGAAAUCCAUGGGUUAUUAUAUCAGUAAUAGUUUAGAUGAAAGCACAUUAACGUAUGGCCAUGACGUUUGUGAUACACAUAUAUGCUGUGCCCGCGAACACUGUACAAGUGCCAAAUGCCUAUUAGAUGAUAUCUAUCCCAGCUAUGCGGGGACUCAUCAUGGUUGGCGUCGUGGUGAAUCGCUGGGUUUGUAUGGCGCUAGUGCCAGUGGUGGUAGCAACAGAAACCUGCAUACCGCCACCGACUGGAUUGAGGAUAGAAACAAUCAUCGUGUGGCAACGGCCUCGCGCUACUCGCUGCAUGCAGCACGCGAACGUGAGCAGCCACUGCCGCCGCCACCCACGAUGAUAUGUUGCUGUGCCAACGAUGACUAUUGCUACCACCGCCAGCAACAGCACCAUACAGCCAGGCCACGUUCACGUCUUUACUGCCCUGGUCAUCAUCCGGCCGCCGAAGAAGAGGAGCAUAUGCACUGCCGCGCCAUGUCUUACGAUACAGACUUAGAACAUUAUAUUCGUGAUGAGCGUGAGCGUCUUAUGAUGCAAGACAAAUUUUUAGACGAAGAUGAACGCUACUUAGCCAUUGCAGGACCGAGUACGCAAUAUUAUCGAAGACCAGCACGCAGUAAAUCGUUACUAGAAGUACAACCACCUAGUCGUUAUGAUGAUGACACGUGUUCUGACUCCACUGAAAUGGAUCUCGAAGAUUUUAGCAUAGAUUUAGAAAGAUAUUGGGAAGAAUUGGAAAAAGCACCAAGUCCCAUCGACAUAGAUAUGCAGCGCCGCAACAUGCAUAGUAAUCUCAAAGUGAAAAACGUUAAUGUGGGCUGCUAUAAUAAUGGCCAACCAAUAGAUAUGCACGAUAGGGAACACGAACGUAUGAUGAUUAAAAAAUCCUUGCUUGAAGGCAUGCCAUCACCUCCGCAAAUUGAAUCUACUACAGUUCCUUCUACUUCAAAGAAACACGGUAUUAACAAUGCAACUGAUUUUCAUUUUUUUGAUCAUGCUAGCUCGCCCCUGCAUCGCUCCUAUAACUACGGUCAUAAAGUCUAUCCAGCAACAGAUACUUUGCCAUCCUACAAAUACAAUAAUUUUUAUCCUGAAGAAACCGUACAAACGCAACAGCCCACAUCUGGUGGGCAUCAUCCAUCAGCGGGCGGGCACUCUGCACUAAGUCUGAUUAAUAAUAUUUUCUCCAUUUAUAAACCCAACAAAUACUCACCAAACAAUUGCCAAAUGAAUGUUGCAAGUAAACCUGAUCCUUGUAAAAAAUUCAAUAUGCCCAAUGCUGCAAGAUCAAUGGGAACAUCACGUCAUGGCGAAUACAUGCACUCUAUGAAGCGUCCAUUAAUCGUUAGCUCCGAACAGCCACAUUUCAAAAUAAUUCCCGAAAAAACUGGUCUUAAAAUCUCGCCGCUAUACAAUUACGACGACUACAGUGAAAAAUCACAAGUGCAACAUAAAUUCAGCAGUUCAGCACGGCCUCUUGUGCUUCCACACUGAUGGUGCUGGACCUUCCCGUGGUAUGGAGAUUGUUAAAAAUGAACGCUGAAGCGCACAAAUCAAUUCAUAACGGUGAGCAGAAAGACUAGCUUUGUGAACUCUCUCACUGUAGUAUCGACAUCAUUUAUAAUAAUUCGUACAUCGUCUAUUCAUCUCACGUCUUCUUUAGUAAUCACAACUAGUGUGUAUGAGAUGGUCAAGGAUUUUGGUUUAGUCAUGAUCAAGUUUGCAAACAGCUCCUGAAAUGAUGAUGUGAACGUAACAUUUUUAUGCACUGAAAUAUGGAAGAUGAUGGUACCGAAAUGAUGUUCUGAUAAACGCGUAACAAUGCCAUACCAUAGGAAAACUAAUUUAUGGUUUUUAUUUUGACUGUUAAGUGAAUUUUCAAAUAAAUUUUAUGGAGAACUGCUACAGGAAUAAUGGAGCUGCAACAGGAUUUGCAUAUUAUUCCACCGAUAUUAACGAUGACAACUAAAGUUACUGAAACGAAUUUAAUUUCCUAUGAAACAUCUUUUUUACUGUGUGGUUUGAACUUAGGAAUUGUAUCUAUAAAAAAAUGAACUCUUAGAAAUGCGAGUGAAGGCACAAUACACUCUUUGUAGAUUGAUUGUUAUGAAUGAUAUUCAAAUACGUUAAGGUGAGUUCCAAUAUUCUUUAAAUGCGGUGUUGGGUUUAGUUAAGGUUUUGGAGUGCUCUUAAGGGUGCUGUUAUAAUUUUUAUAACGAAAUAUUAUAAUACUAAUUCGAAUCUUUCUUUUUACUAAGUGUCUGAAAUGUUUUUACUUUCUCCUAAAAUCGAAAAUGUAUUUAAAUGGCAAAAUAAGCAUAUCUCUUUGUUAGUACUCGAUAAUAGUUUUUACCUGCAGAUUGAAAGAUUAGAGAUGGAGAUAUCGCUUCUUAUUGAAGCAGCAAAUUAAUUAAUUAAGUAAAAUAUUUUCACUAAAAAAAGAUCUCUUCAAUGAUUGACAGAAAGAUGGAAAAAAA